GAGGGACAGACAGGCAGACAGACAGACAGACAGAGACAGAGAGAUACAGAGGGGUCAGGGAAUGUUAAAUACAGAGAGUAACAGAUACGGAAAGCACAAAACCAUGAUACAGACCGAAAGAGUGAGGAGGUAAAGAGGAGAGAGAGAAAGAUUGAAUUAUUCGAAUUUCUAGAUAAAAAAAAAGGGGGGGAUGCCUUGAGUGCAACGAAGUUAUGAGGUUGAAUACACUUUGUUGUCGUCUGGUAUUCUCGGAUAUACAAUUGCAGGGUUUAAGGUAGAGUUUGAAGAGCCUUGAACAAAUCAUUUGGACUUUUAAUUCGGACCCUUUUAUAUUGCUGUUAAAGCUACCACUAGGAUUACUUACCUUAUCCAAAACAAGGAGUGUUAUUCCAAGAUCAAUUGUACGAUUACAUGAUUGCAGGACGUGAAUCGGUGCCACUUUACAAUGGGUUGUAGGAACUCAUCUAUCGAGAAGAAGUUGUCAUUGGAGACUGAUAACAGAAACUUAGCACAAAUAAAUACGCGUCCCAUAAAAGAAAGACCUCCUUUUAACGAAAGUCAAAAACAACUAAUUCGAAAGUCGUGGAAAGUUAUUCAAGCUGAUAUAGCAAAAGUCGGUGUGAUAACAUUUCUCAGGUUAUUCGAAAAAUACCCAGAUGUUCAAGAUAUAUUUAUUCCAUUCAAAGGUCAAAGCCUUGAAGAUCUUAGUAAUAAUGACCGAAUGCGUGAACAUGGUUUACAAGUAAUGCGGACAGUUGAGAAGGCCAUUGCUAGAUUGGAUCAACCCGCGAAACUUGAAUCCAUGCUGUAUGAACUGGGUCAAAAACAUGUCAUGUUUGACACUAAAGUAGACUACAUGGACUUAAUUGGACCGCAGUUUAUUCUUGCAGUCAAGCCAACCAUGAAAGAUAAAUGGACAAUAGAAACUGAAGAAGCCUGGUCGGACUUUUUCAAGUAUAUAACAUCUAUAAUGAAAGAGGCAAUGAUAUUUUGAAAAUUAACGAAGCGGAUCUUUAUGAAUAUUUUUUCAUUCUUUUUUAAUUAUUGUAUCAUAUUAACUGUAUGUGUGUGUACACAACACAAGUCAAAAUUAAAUAGGAAAACAUUAGUGUACUACAAUAUAUGUAUACUCUGCAGAAUUCCCCAGAAAAUGAAUGAUGGUGGGAGGAGUACUGUUUACAUAGCAACAUGAUAAAACACAAAUAACUUAAAUUUGUUACAAAAAAAAUUAAAAUUUUAUUAAUUAUGUGUGAAUAUAACGGUCACAAAAAUCAAAUUCCGGCGGUGGCAUCUGCACCAACCAUAUUGGCCUUCCAUAAUAUAACAAGAAGCAACACACGCCAACAUAACUUCGUCCAGAAGAUGAGACUGCAAAGGUCUGAAGACGCCGAUAAUGGAUAUAGUAAUUUUAUGGUCUAAACGAUCACCAAGGAACUUAUACGGAAAUAUUUUUAAAAACUUGAGAAACAAAAUAAAACCAGACCAUAAAUAUGUUUUCAAUACAACUCACGUAAACAAACAUGUGUGUGUAUGUAUGUAUGUAUAUGUAUGUAUAU